UGCACACAGAAGAGCAGGCUGGAGUUUCUUUGGGGAAACAGCGCCCCCGUGCAGUCUGACUGCGCAGGCGCGGCGUGAGCGCGUGGCCGCGGCGCGCGCCUGCUGAUGAACAGCUGACCUGUUUCCUGCGGUGCCUUCUACCUGUGUGCGCAGUUUGAACAUGAACGCAGAGUUUCUGCGCAACAUCUGCGCCUUCACGUGGCGCGCGCCUCCCUCCAGUCGCUGAUCGGAACCGCAUCCAUCCGAACAUGGCCGUGCUCGGUCCAGGAUCCGCCUCGUUUCGGUUCGGCUCGGUCCUCCUGAUUCUCCUGAUCCUCAGCGGUUCUUCCUGGACCAGAGAUGUCUUCACUGGACGCAACGACACCAGGCCAGAACCGAACCGGGAGCAUCACGACCAGGACCAGGACCGUGGAACCAACACCACGAAACACACCACGAAACACAAGAAGGCUUUCCCCGUCCUCGAGUUGAACUACGAUUAUGUCCGGAUGCCGUUUGAGAUUUCCCUGUGGAUCCUGCUGGCGCUGCUCAUGAAGCUGGGUUUCCACAUCAUUCCCAGAGUUUCCCACGUCGUUCCAGAGAGCUGCCUGCUGAUCUUCGUCGGGCUGCUUGUUGGCGGCGUCAUCAAAGCGAUCAAGGAGAAGGCGCCGGUCAUGGACACCAAGCUCUUCUUCCUCUACCUGCUGCCGCCCAUCAUCCUCGACGCCGGCUACUUCCUGCCCAUCCGGGCCUUCACCGAGAACAUGGGCACCAUCCUGGUGUUCGCGGUGGUGGGGACGCUGUGGAACGCCUUCUUCGUCGGCGGGAUGAUGUUCGCCGUGUGCCAGAUCGAGGCCGCCGCGGCCGCCCACGUGAGCCUGCUGUCCUGCCUGCUGUUCGGCUCCAUCAUCUCGGCCGUGGACCCGGUGGCGGUUCUGGCCGUGUUCGAGGAAAUCCACAUCAACGAGCUGCUGCACAUCCUGGUGUUUGGAGAGUCGCUGCUUAACGAUGCGGUGACGGUGGUUUUGUAUCACCUGUUUGAGGAGUUUUCCCACGCAGAAACUGUUACCAUUGGCGACGCCUUCCUGGGCGUGGUCUCGUUCUUCGUGGUUUCGCUCGGCGGCAUCCUGGCGGGUGUCAUCUACGGCGUCCUGGCUGCCUUCACGUCCCGCUUCACCUCGCACUCCCGCGUCAUCGAGCCGCUGUUCGUCUUCCUCUACAGCUACAUGGCGUACCUCUCUGCAGAGGUCUUCCAUCUGUCUGGGAUCAUGUCCUUGAUUGCCUGUGGCGUCGUCAUGCGGCCGUAUGUGGAGGCCAACAUCUCCCACAAGUCCUACACCACCAUCAAAUACUUCCUGAAGAUGUGGAGCAGCGUGAGCGAGACGCUGAUCUUCAUCUUCCUCGGGGUUUCCACAGUGGAAGGCCCUCACAACUGGAACUGGAUCUUUGUGAUCUCCACUCUCGUCUUCUGCCUCCUUUCCAGAGUGUUGGGAGUCGUUGGCCUCACCUUCAUUAUCAAUAAGUUUCGUAUUGUGAAGCUGACCAAAAAGGACCAGUUCAUCGUGGCCUACGGUGGCCUGCGAGGUGCCAUUGCCUUUUCUCUGGGAUACCUGAUACAUGAGGAUCGGGACAACAAAAACACCAAGGGCAUGUUCCUCACCGCCAUCAUCACAGUGAUCUUCUUCACCGUCUUUGUGCAGGGGAUGACCAUCAGGCCUCUGGUGGAGCUGCUGGCAGUGAAAAAGAAGAAGGAGAGCAAACCGUCAAUAAACGAGGAGAUUCACACUCAGUUCCUGGACCACCUGCUGACAGGAAUCGAAGACAUCUGUGGACAUUAUGGACAUCAUCACUGGAAGGACAAGCUGAGUCGCUUCAACAAGACGUACGUGAAGAAGUGGCUGAUCGCAGGCGAGCGCUCCAGCGAGCCGCAGCUCAUCUCCUUCUACAACAAAAUGGAGAUGAAGCAGGCCAUGAUGCUGGUGGAGAGCGGGAGCGCCGCCAAGCUGCCCUCCGUCAUGGCCGCCGCCACCGCCGCCCAAAACGCGGAGCAGCAGAGAGAACCGACAGCAGAGCGAAUGAUCCCCAAGAUCUCAAAGACCCGCGAAGCCGAGAUCCGCCGGAUCCUUCGGGCCAACCUGCAGAACACGCGGAAGAGGCUGCGCUCCUACAGCAGACACGACCUCUUCAUGGACCCGUUUGAGGACAACCUGAGCGAGGUCCGCUUCCGGCGGCAGCGGGUCGAGAUGGAGCGGCGGAUGAGCCAUUACCUCACCGUUCCGGCGAAGCGACAGGAAACGCCGUCGGUCCGGAAGGUUUGGUUCCAACCAGAGGACAAAGUCUACACCUACAAUGAGAACGAUAGUUCCAGGCCGUCUGACAGCGCCGCCCUGCUGGACGAGUCGAAUCGGAGCGCAGACGGCCAAUCGGAGAGGCAGAAACCGACUCGCUGCCUGAGCGAUCCGGGUCCCGAUGAGGAUGAGGAAGGAAUCAGCUUCCGCUCGUCUCGAUGAAGGUUUCCUCUCUGGACCGUUUGUUUUUCAUGUGUGAUGUGAAGCGACGCAUUUCAGUGUUUUAAGCACCAAACGGACUCAUCCGGGCAUUACAAAGCACAAAGAAAGAUCAUCAAUGAAGCAGUUGAUCGAUCAGUUUUACAGCUGAAUGAGUCAUCAGUCAGUUAAUUUUAUAAUUAAUAAAAGAGUAAAAAGGAAACAGCUGGAGGGAUGGAGGAAGCCAUCUUGGAGGAAUUUACUGCAUAUAAUCUAUAAAUAUCCAGCCUAAGAAGAGAUUUCGGACCUGGAUGCAGUUUGGUCGACUCACAGAUCAGAGAUGAGCCAUCUAGAAUGACCACCGGGGGGCGCUUCAAUCACUCCAGAUCAUUUGGUCCUGGUUCAUCCUGGUUCAUCCUGGUUCAUCCUGGUUCAUCCUGGUUCGUCCUGGUUCAUCAUGGUUCGUCCUGGUUCGUCCUGGUUCGUCCUGGUUCGUCCUGGUUCAUCCUGGUUCGUCCCGGAGACGGACCGACUCUAAACACCGGCUGCUCCCACCGCUGUCAGAAGCUUCAGUGACUUCAGGUCCUGUUUGUAAAGUUACACUGUUAAAAAUUAACAGCAACAGUUUGGAUUAUUUAGCCUGUCAUGAAAACAAUGGGAAUACGUUUUUCAAAGUUUCACCAAGUUAUUCAUAUAUAAAUGUCAGUGUUUCAAACUGGAUAUUUAAUGAGCGAGCUGAUUAGUAAGGAUGAGUUAAUAAACUUUUAGUUUGGAGCUACAUAUUUAACUCCAAGCUAACUUCCUUGCUCCCAACUAAAUAGCGAACUUUCUGACUAGUUUGAAUCUGAUAUUUGUAAAUUAAUGAAUGACAUGGUGAAAAUAAGUCUUUGAAAAAAAAAAAGUUUUCUGAUCUGGUUAAAUAACUCAGAAUAUUGCUGUUAAUUUUUGACAGUGUAACUUUCCAAACUGCACUCCCAGACGGUGAGAUUACAUCACUUCCGCCCCCUGGUGGCUGGGGUGACCAAACUACGUCCAGCUCUUCCUGCGUAGCAAAUUGUUUAUUUCACUGUAAAUCAGUUGCUCUUCAAAGCUUGAACUAUGUGUAUCUGUCUGUCUUUUUUGCUGAUUUUGUGCAUAAAGACAGCAUGAAUUAAGCUGAGCACAUCACUGCAGACACCAAACGCUGCUGUGCUGAUUCUUUAGUGAUCAUUUUCGAAUAAUUUUGUGUUUUUCAACAAGCUUGUGCCUUAUUCAGUUGCAUUUCAUUUAUCUUAAUAUCAUGAGAUGAACUGAACAAAAACCUCAACAUAUUUUCCAUGUCAUUAAAAGAUAAAUAUUGCAAAGGUGACCAAAUGUCUGAACGACCUUUAAUCACCUUCGGACUCAUCCUGUUGCCUCAGGGACUCAAACGUCGGAUCCCGGCUGCUGAAGGAAAACUCCGGUUUGAAGAUUCAAAUAGGAUGUGAUGUUUCAUCUACUUCCUCCUAACUAAGCUUUAACGUCUGUCUGCAUCUCCUGUGAAUUACAAGCUUUUAUAUUUUGUGUUGUAGAAAUCUGUCACUUGAAGAAAAACUAUCAUAAAAUACGUUUACUGUGAA